UGCUUGUACGGCGGUUUCCCCCUCCCCUUCGUAUUCUAAAAUCUAUAAAAGUUCCCUAUUCUCUUCGUCUCCCACUCCGCACAGAGUUCCUUCCUUGGACCUGAAGUAUACUUCCCAUCCAUAAAUCUCAAAAUCCCCAUUGCCUCAGUGGUGCUCAUUGUUGAGAGUUCCCAUCAAUGGCGAGCGAACUUGCAGAGAGAGCGAAGGAAGCAUUCGUCGACGACGACUUCAACCUGGCCGUUGACCUCUACUCCCAGGCCAUUGACUUGGACCCCGGCAACGCUGAUCUCUUCGUCGACCGCGCUCAGGCCCAUAUCAAGCUCGGCAACUACCGCGAUGCUAUUUCUGAUGCUAGCAAGGCGAUCGAGUUGAGGCCUUCAAUGGCCAAGGCAUACUUUCGGAAAGGCUCCGCCUGUAUGAAGCUCGGAGAGUACCUUACUGCGAAGGCAGCCCUUGAACGAGGUGCUUCUCUCGCCCCGGAUGAUUCUAGAUUCACCGAAUUGCUUGACGAGUGUAAGAAGCAUACUGAAGAUGAGAUUAUUGAAAUCAAGACCCCUGGUUUCUUGCGAAGCGCGGCAGCUUCUGCUGUUGCUGACCAGUCGUUUAAUGCAAAAUCUGAAAGGCUUGAACAAUUGCAAAAUGGACGAAACAAAGCACCGGAGGUUAAUGCUGCUGCAACAGUCCAGCCAAGAUACAGGCAUGAAUUUUACCAGAAGCCAGAAGAAGUUGUUGUGACAAUCUUCGCAAAGUGCAUUGAACCAAAGGAUGUCACUAUUGAUUUUGGGGAGCAGAUUUUGAGUGUAUCCAUCAAUGUACCUGGUGAAGAAGCUUAUCAUCUUCAGCCUAGACUAUAUGGAAAGAUAAUUCCUGGAAAGUGCAGAUUCAAGAUGCUGAAGACUAAGAUCGAGAUACGCCUUGCCAAAACUGAACAGAUCCAUUGGAAGUCCCUCGAAUAUAGCAAGGAAGCUGCAGCUCCUCAACCAGUGAAUGUCUCGUCAGUCGGAUCAUGCAGACCUGUGUACCCAUCAUCAAAGAACAGGACAGCAGACUGGGACAAAUUGGAAGCCGAAGUUAAGAAAGAGGAAAAAGAGGAGAAGUUAGAUGGAGAUGCAGGUCUGAACAAGCUAUUCCGGGAUAUAUACCUAAACGCAGAUGAAGAUAUGAGGAGGGCUAUGACCAAAUCUUUCCUGGAGUCGAAUGGAACCGUUCUGUCCACCAACUGGAAGGAAGUGGGCGAAAAGAAAGUCGAGGGUAGCCCACCUGAUGGCAUGGAAUUGAAGAAGUGGGAGUAUUAACACGGUACAUGGAAGUGAUUACGGAUGUGAAUGCUGCUUUUGCUAAUUUUUUGAGCGUGAAAAUGUGAAUAUCGAUUCGAUGUGUUAUUGGGGAUGAUACUUGUGAAGCAGUUACCAGUAUCCACGAGUGUUUUGCCUAGAACUCUCAUUAAAUGGUUGUUGGUUACUCAAGAUGAGGUGAUGGCUUUCUUACUGCCAAGAACUCUCAUUAAACAAUUGCUAGUUAUUCGAGAUGAAGUGAUUACUUGCGA